AGCAGGCAGUGCGUUACUUCGUAUAAGUUGGUCCUUGAUCUGGUAUGGCUCUCUGCAUCGUCUUUGGCCUUAGUUUGGUUUCUCUGAGUGCAUCGCUUGAAUGGGGGAAAGUGCAACUCGGAGAGAGCGUGACCCUCCGUUGUGACAUUUCCUUCUAUCACGAGACAGCCUGGGUGAGGCACAAGCCUGAUCAGAUCCCAGUGAUCCUCCUGGUCGCAGGGCCAAACCGCCCUGAUGGCAGCAUCAACAGCAAAAACCACGUCAGCCCUCGUUUCACGGCAGUGGCAAACAAAAGCAGUGAAAUCAAUGACUUGAGAAUCAGCAAUGUGACCUUGGAGGAUCUGGCUCUGUUUUACUGCAUGGGCAGAGUGGAGGGAAAGCAAACAUUUGGAAGAGGCACCAGACUCUACCUAGCCCUUGCUGAAGGAGACAAUGGCACGCUAACCACAAAGGCCCCAUUUGAGACUGAAGACCAUCAUUCCAACCUGUACUUGCUCUUUUCUGGCAUUCGGGCCAUUGGGCUUCUGGUAUUUUUAUCAGCUGUACUGACUGUCAACAUCCAAACAAAAAAGGAAAUUACUAAUCAGGCACGGGCAAAAAAAUACUCACGUACUGGUUAACACACAUUUUUCUACAGUCGUUAUUCAACAUUGUUUAUUUUAAUGAAGUCUAUUUUAAAAUGGCAAAGUCACUAAUGUUAAAAUUCCAAACAUUAAUGAUGUUGAUGAUUACAUUCUGAGUAUCUCUCUUUGUAUUCACACACCUCACCUGGUCAACUAUCAGUCUCUCAAAUGUGAAUAAGAAAAUUAUCCCCUUUGUUUUUCUUUCUACAAUGUUCAGUUAUGAAGUCUAAAUGAUAAAAAUAUAAUACGUUUUCGCUUAUGAAAGUAUAUAAGUUUGCUGUUUUCUCAAAUAAUCAUCGAAUUAUCUCACCAACUAUCACAAGUACACAACAAGAUUAAAAGAAAUAUAGGGAUAAAGCAUGACUUGGCAGUAACUUUAAUACAUUUACCCCAGCUUCUUUUUUUUAUCCUUUGUGCAUUUUGCUAUACGCUCAACUGCUCUUUUGGAUCACAUAUUUUUGUAACUGGCUCAAACAUGCAUAAGCUAAUAUAGCUUUACAUAGGCUAAUAUAGAAAUGUGAUCAUCAUUGCAAUCCGUUGGCUUGACCCAGGUGUCGCUGCAGGCCCACUGUAAUCGUUCCCCCCUUACUCUAAACCACAGAUAUGGGUCUACUCAGAAGUCAUGCAUCUGGCUCUAAUCAAAAUUCCAUUAAGCUGCAAUAGGAAAACCUACAUGCACCUACCAGUUUUGACACCCAGGUCUCCAUCAGGCAAGAUUCUGUAACGUUACUAAACCACACAAACAUUUGUGCAACUGUUGCAGUCCCACAAGUUCUGUGGCAUCUGGGUUAUACAAAUUGGCAGGUGCACGACCAGCCAAAAUGACACCAACGUGUCCCACGCAAGUUCGUUGUGGUGCGCGGUGCAGUGUGCAAGGACGGGAACAGCAAGUAUACAUUUCCACAGUGCCUUUCCUCACUCAGAGGAUGUCGCCACCAAGUGCGCAUGUGCGAACUCUAAAAUCCACACGGUUAGGGCAACAGUGAAGCUGUCAGAAGUAUAGACAGUAUAUCACAGCAGUAUAUCACAGUCGACUUGUAAAUUGAUUAAGAUUUAGAUUUUUUUAUUAAGUUGUUGUAUAGGCUAGUUAUCUGGAUUGGCCUACAUUAUCACCCUGACCACACGUCAUUGCUACUUUGGUAAAGCUGGAAAGAUAUUCACAGACACAAAUUAUGUCUCUUUCCAAAGAAGAUACAUGAUUCCUAUGUGCAGCCAGUUUCGAAGUGAGUGUGUAGGGACCGUCUACAAAUUGCAACGCCGAAAAGAGAUACUACAACCAAUAGCUUCCCUCUUACACACUGUAGUCUCAUCAAAGUCACUUCAUAAAUCACCUAUUGAUUA